CAGGGGUUGAUGGGACAAUUUCAGUUUCUGGUGGAGCAUGGUCGUUAACAAGAGUUUCCUCAACAAGAGUAACACAUACUACAGUGUAUAGAUUGCCUAGAAGGCCUUCAUCAUUGGAUUUGGAUCUUUUUAUUCCACACACAAUGGUGAUGUUUUGCAGUUUUGCAUUAAAAGAUUCCAAGUCCAUGUCAUCUUCUGUGUCCAUUUUUGCAAAUUUCAGCAACUGUAUUACAUCACUGGUAAAAAGGGUCACAGGUCUAAUGCUGGCCUCAUUACCAAAUGAAGCGUUGAGCCUGAACCUGUAUGUAUCACAAAGUUUCAGGAAACGUUCCGUGCACAAAUACAAUGCAUGUUAAUG